AUGGCCAGCGACAACCGCGUCGCCGUUCUUCCGGAGAAGAACCCACAGGCUGCUGCUGGAAGGAUAUUUGUUCACAGAAAACAUGAACACUGUACACCCAUAGCUCAGUACAAGUUUGAACUAACAAUAAGCGAAAUUGUCUCAGGUGGAAGCACAAUUCCUGAAGAAGAAAUCCAAUUUGCAGAAGAGAAGUUUCACGAAUCUCAGGAGCUUGCUGAGAACGGGAUGAGGAACCUCCUUGAGAGUGAUGUUGAGCAGGUGUUACAGCUUCAAGCGUUAGCCGAGGCUCAGCUAGAAUACCACAAACAGUCUGCAGAGGUUUUGGAAAGCCUUCUGUCAACACUCAAUGAAAGGGUUGAGGAGGCAGGCAGUCGACCCAAAUCAGAACGCAAACCCAGAAGUACUUUCAACUCUUACUCCACGAAGAGAGACUCCAGUGACGGAGACGACACCGACGCGUACCCGUCAACGGUGGAUUACAACGCACCAGUACCUGUAACGGCAACGAAGGAACGCUGCAAGGCACUGUACGACUUUGAGGCAGAAAACGAGGGCGAACUGGGGUUUCAGGAGGGCGACAUCAUCAGCAUCGUCAGUAAGAUCGACGAGAAUUGGAUUGAUGGAGAGUUAAACGGUCACACGGGAUACUUCCCAGCUAACUACGUGGAAAUUAUCUAACCGGUUUAAUCAUGGUAGGUGGUAGCGUUACUUAUAGUGUUGCAGUUUGUACUUUGUCAUCGUGUGGUUGAGUAUGAGCGUGAGUUCUUCGCGAUGAGUACACGC